UAAAGCUAGUUGUUUUUGGCCAGUUUUAGACCCAACUACCUUUGAUUAAGCAUGUUGAACAGAUGCAAAAGAUGGUCAUAAUUUCAUCACAAAGCAUAUAAGGCAUUUGGUAGAAGACAGCAAACACAAAGAAUGAUGCGAAUGAAGAGUUAUAAUGGGACUCCAAUAAUUGGCAGCGAUGAAGAUGAAUCGCUGAAAUCGGCGUUUUUGGCUUUUAGGAUUACAGAAGAAGAGAUCAAUAAGAAGAAGAUGGAGUUGAGGGAGAAAGUUCAUGCUCAUUUUGGACGCGUCGAAGAAGAAACCAAAAAAUUGGCUGAAAUUCGCAAGGAGCUUGAAGCACUUGAUGAUCCAUGGAGGGAAGAAGUGACAACCGUUCGUAAGAAGAUUGAUUUGGUCAACAAAGAGCUAAAACCAUUGGCACAAAGCUGCUAUAAGAAGGAGAGAGAGUACAUGGAAGCUUUAGAAUCAUAUACUGAAAAAGGCAAGGAAAAAGGUCAACUGGCAGCAAGAUUAAUGGAGUUGGUGACAGAAAGUGAAAGAGUGAGGAUGAAGAGACUUGAAGAACUGAGCAACAACAUUGAAUCGGUGAGCCAGCUUGUUCAAAAACAAUAAUGCAUUAAAGAAACCAAUAUUAAGUGUUUUGUUAUAAUUAGUAAAAUACUCGUUUAACUACUGUUUUUAUGCUAUGGUUUUUUGGUGAUGAUUUUAAUUAAUUUACUGC